AAACAAUGGAAAAACAGGGCACACGAGGUUAGGAAAUUUCGGGUUUCCGCGCUUUCUGGGCCUGGAUCGACAGCAAAUGCGUUUUUGGGACAAAACAUGGGAUUUUGCGCCAGAGAAAACUGAAACAGUAGAAAUCUCAGAAAAACCUCAGAAUUAGGUGUAACAACGGCAACAUGGCAACGCUGGUUUUUGGCAAAAAAAAUGUUUUCCUCCAUCCAUCAGGCCUAGAGUGGCUGAGGACUCGGCAUUUGGGCGAAAACUGGCAACGCAACUCGCCAGAAAAAGCCCCAUAAAGACAAACUCAACCGUUGGAAAACCGAUGAAUUUCCCCAACAAAUGGCACAGACACAGCGGAAAUUGCGAUAAAAACCCGCAAAAUUAUGCGCGCGGCAACAUGGCAAACUAGGUUCGGGAAUCUGGCUUUGCCCCUAAUGGGGCCCGGACUCAAAACAGGUGAAAAACGGGCGAUUUUUCUGGCAUCCCGCCGCAAAAAACCCAACUUUGCUCGGAAGCUUCAAUCAAAUUCCCGCACGGCUGGCGUGGAACCAGUCAAAGUCCCGAGAAACCCCCCGGAAUGAUGAGGACGGCAACACGGUAAACCGGGAUGGGAAGUUGAGGUUUUCCACUAAUUGCGUCCGAAGUGGCUGGCAAAUGGGUUUGAGGGCCAAAUGGGAUUUUCGCCUGGAGAAGAAAACCCCUGGGCGCGUACGGAUGGGGCCGUAAAAAGGCCCCCGAAAACCGGGCGAGUGCCAGGCGGUUUUCGGGGCGUCGCGAUGCUUCGGUGCGCCCCUUGCUGGCGCCCACGCCCACACUCUCGUUGGGGUGGCGGGAACUGGGGGCGGCGCCGAUAAGAGCGCAGUGGCGCGCGUGGGCCGCCCGAAUCGAAAAUCCUGGCGUCGCUCGGAAUCCUUGCGAGGAGAUGUGGAGGGGCCACGGCAGCACCAUCAACAGCAGCAGCACUCUCGGCUCGAGCAACCGACCACAGGCACUCACCAGUGUCGAACAGUGCGCGAAACUCGAACGUCGCUGAAGAUCCGUGUUCGAAAACGAGCGCUCGCUGCACUUUUUUCCGUAGCGCCAUUUCGGUUUGUGGCAGUUUUUCGGGCGCGCCCACCCCGACUGCGGACUGCAAGCGCCCAGGCCCACCAUCCACACACAUGGACAUGCGGCAACCGCGCAGUUGGACGGCAAUUUGGCUGGUAGUGGGGCUGCUGGACGCCGCCCUGGCCACCGGAGGAGGCCGAGUGGAGGCUGUGCCGGGCAAUCGCCAAAAGUGCGCCAACGAUGGCGAGCCAGUGAUCACUCGAUUCGAUCCAGAGAUCGUCACCUGUUUCCCGUGCGUUUGCAAGAACGGGCUGGUCGAGUGCAAGAACACCUGCCCCAAAACGGACGGCUGCCAUCUGGUGGUGACGGACGGCUGCUGUAAAGUGUGCAAGGGCUGCAACUACAAGGGCGUGGCCUACGCCAGCCACACCGAUUGGUCGGAGCCGGCCAAUCCGUGCAAAGUGAUGCGAUGCGAGGCGGGCGUGGUCACCAUCUCGGACAUGCACUGCUACACGCCCUGCCCCAACCCGCUGCCGCCCGAGCCGGGAAAAUGCUGCCCCACCUGUUCAGUGUGCAAAUUCAAUGGGCAAGUGGUGGCUGAGGACCGGGACGUCGUGUCCGAGGACGAUCCCUGCUUGAAGUGUCGCUGCAGUCGCGGCCGCCUGACCUGCGCCAAAAGGUCCUGUCCGGUGCUGCAGUGUUCGCGGGCCAUGCAGGAGAGGGCGCCAGGUGAGUGCUGUCCGCGCUGCAACGGCACGCGCGCCAUCCUGCUGGUGCCGAACACCUGUCCCAUACAGCGGUCCUUUUUCCGCGAGGGGCAGGCGCUGAAGUUGGACAAGUGCAUCGAGUGCGCGUGCGUCAACAGCACGUCAGUGUGCACGCGCAGCGCCUGCCCGAUCUUGGAGUGUGCGCCCGAGCUGCAGCGCACCUUCCCCGCCCACUGCUGCCCCACCUGCAUCCAGCAGCCGACCGACGAGCUGAUCAGCCAGUGCCACUACGCGGGCCACGCCUACGAGGAUGGCAACGUGUGGAAGCUGGACGCGUGCAGUUCGUGCGAGUGCCACGACGGGAAGGUCAGCUGCGCGCGCAUCCGCUGCAACACCACCUGCGCCGCCGGCAUGAAGCAGAUCAACGUGGAGGGCGAAUGCUGUCCGCAGUGCGUUGAAUUGGAAGGGGCGUGUAUGGCGUUCGGCGACCCGCACUACAAAACGUUCGACGGCAAGAUCUACACGUUCAAGGCCAUGGGGCGGUACCAGCUGGUCGAGCAGUGCGGCGCCGGCAACAACGCCAGCGCCUUCUCGAUCAAGGUGGCCAACUACGCCACGCCCCACUACAUGGACUCGCCAAUCACGAAGCGCGUGGCCAUCAGCUACGGGGGGGCGCGCCUGAAUCUGCAGCAGCGCCUGCGCGUCAAGUACAACGGGCGCAGAGUGGGCCUGAACUUCGAGAGGGCGGGGCAGUUUGCGCUGCGCAAGCUGCCCGAGGGCGUGGAGGUGCGCCUGCACAAUGGCGUCGUGGUCGUGUGGAACGGGCGCAGCUUCCUCGAGGUGACGGCGCCCGCCGCCUUCAAGGGGCGCCUGUGCGGCCUGUGCGGCAACUUCAACGGCGACCUGCAGGACGAGCUGCGGCUGCGCUCCGGCAAGACGGUGGGCGACAAGGACGUGGGCGCGUUCGGCGCCUCCUGGUGCGUGGGCAAAAGGGCGGAGUGCGCCCAGAAACCGAAGACAACGCGGCGCACGCACGGCGACGUGGGCGCCUGCAAGCACUUGAACGGGCGCGACUUUGGCGCCUGCGAGUCGCAGCUGAGCAACACCAAAUACUACAAGGCCUGCAAGAUGGACAUGUUCAAUUGUGCGCAUGGCAAGUGCUACUGCGAGAGCCUGACCGCCUACUCGAGAGAGUGCGAACGAUUGGGCGUCCAGCUGCCGCCCAAUUGGCUCAAGAACAGUCGCUGUGACGCGCGCAGUUUGCGCCAAUCGCACGCACGCGCCACCUCGCGGCCGUCCACCUCCACCACCAAGGAACGCCUGUCGAAGCUUCUGCACCAGGCCGCCAGGGGGCAGCAGCCGGGGGCGGGGCAUGCGCGCCAGCCCAUCCCCAUCCAGUAGGGCCACGCCCCCCCGCCCAUAGUGCUAGUCAACUUCAGUAUUCUCCCGCAGGGGGCGCAGCCCCAGUAUUACCAUUCCAAGGCACCCUGGCUCCGCCCCCUCUUCGACAGUCAAUCGAUCAGCCAACGGCCACGCCCACUACCAAAGAGAAUUUGCUUUGAUUUGCUGAGAAUUUGAUCGAUUGGCGGUUUGCAACAAUUCAUUUCUGUAUAUACGUUUUAGUAUGAUGGACGCUGGCCUAGCGGCCGAAACGUUCCCUAGUUACGUUACUUAGUUCCUAUUCCAUGUACUUGAUUGUUUGUUUGUCUGUUUGUAUAAAUAAAUAGGUUAGGUUAGGUUA